UGCGUGGUAUUUCCAAAACACACACACACACAUAGUUCUCAAAAAAGAAGCAGUGGGAUGCGCACCGUGUAUGAUUGCCGCGCCGGUGCCACGUACGUGCACUUUUAGACGUGUUUUGUCCAGAAGUAAAGAAUUUAAACACGCUUUCGGCUGUGUGUUUGUGGGAAUUUCGGAUUCGGGACGCACUUGUCCGGAAUACACUCCGUGAGACGAGAGACCGGCGGAACGCUCAUAGCAGUGAUACUUGGAAAGAGGACCUCUUUCUGCCAGAGGCACCGCAGACACCACACUGACAGAGAUACAGAGAGAGGGAGAGUGUACUGAGAGAACGACAGCGCAGUGUGUGAAAAAGGGGGAGGGAUGUAUGGCACAGUCAUACUCUCUUCUUUUCUUUUCUCCCUCCAUGCAAGUUGCACUCCACAGUUCCACGGUCAUCAUGGGAGGAGAGUAUGUGCUGGGAAAGCCAACAGAGUAGUGUCCAGUACAGAAUCCUUCCUCCAGCCUGUACACAAACCGUACCUCACCAUGUGUCUAAACCAACGCAUCUGUAGCACAUACAAGACAGUGUAUAAAGUCUCCUACAGACAGGUGAGCCGGCUAGAACUGAGCUCCCACAUUUACUCAGAAUGCUGUCCAGGAUGGAGACGUGUCCACUCACUCAACUGUAAUCAUGCGUUGUGUGUGCAGGCAUGUCUUAAUGGUGGAUCCUGCACAAGACCAAAUCACUGUGCCUGUCCCAUUGGCUGGACGGGACGCUACUGCCAGAUAGAUGUGGAUGAGUGUAAGGGGGCACAUGGUUGCAGUCACCAGUGCAUGAACUCUGCAGGAAGUUAUCAGUGUGUGUGCGCUGACGGAUUCCGUGUGGCUGAAGACAGACGAUCUUGUGUAAGCCUUUGUGCUCUACCUCUUCCUCCUCAUCCAAGUGUAGCCAGCCAGCCCGAAGUAGACAAUCACCUCUCCCCAAAUAACAAUAGAGGUGGAGAUGUGGGACUGGUGGCAAAUGUUACAGAAGAGGUCCAGAUUCUCAGGAAUAGAGUACAGCUGCUGGAACAGAAACUGGAGAUGGUUCUUGCACCAUUUUCCACUCUCUUUCCUCCAGAGGAGGAUGUGGCCAACAGAAAUGGCUUCCUGUUAGACAGGACUGAUUUCCUGUCAGACCAGACCAAUUUCCUGUCACACUCACUGCGGCAGCUGGACAGAAUAGACUCUCUCAGCGAGCAGGUCAGCUUCCUGGAGGAGCGCCUUGGAUCAUGCUCUUGCCAAGAAAACUAGAUGAUCAUCAAAAACAAGGCACACCUGCAACUUACAACUGAACACACCCUGCCUUCAACUUCAGGAGAACAAAUAGUUAACCAGCCCUGGAAUCUGCACUACAGUGGUCACUUUACACCUUUGCCAUGUUUAACACACAGUCAUCAAACCCAUCUUUAAAUGACACCUGACAAUCUCACCCAUAUGAGCUUGCUGAACAUCCCAUUCCAAAAUCUUGGCCAUUAAUAUUGUGUUUCCCUAAAUUUUUAACAGCCUACACUCUUUCUACAAGAUUUUGGAGUAUGGCUGUGGGAAUUUGUGCCCAUUCAGUCAAAAGAGCAUUUGUGAGGUCAGGCACUGAUGUCAGAUGAGGAGGCUUGGUUUGCAAUCAACGUUCCAAUUUAUUCCAAAGGUUUUCAGUGAGGUUGAGGUCAGGGCUCGGUGCAGGCCACUGGAGUUCCUCCACACCACACUGUCUUUAUGGACCUUGUUUGUGCACAGGGGCAGAGUAAUACUGGAACAGGAAAGGGUCUUCCCUAAACUGUUGCCAGAAAGUUUGAAGCAGAUUGUCUAAAAUGUCUUCGUAUGCUGUAGCAUUAAUAUUAUUAACAUGUAUUGGCACUAUGCAUUCCAGUAGGUAACAUUCUCCUGGCAGCCUCCAAACCCAGAGUCAUCCCUCAGAUUGCCAGACAGUGAAGCAGAAUUCAUCAUUCAAGAGAACACAUUUCCAGUGGUGUUGUGCAUUACACCACCCCAGCUGACCCUUGGCAUUGUACAUAUUGAUCUAAGGCUUGUGUGCAGCUGCUCAGCUAUGGAAAUCCAUUUCAUGAAGCGCCUGACACACAGGAGUGUGUUGAUGUUGCUUCUAGAGGCGGUUUGGAACUCUGUAGUGAGCGAUGCAGCAGAGGAUAGGAGAUUUUUACAUGCCACAUGCUUCAGCACUCAGCGCUCUCAGUGCCAGUCCCAAGCCCGUAUAAAAUUGGGGAGGGUUGCGUCAGGAAGGGCGUCCGGUGUAAAAACUGUGCCAUAUCAAAUACGUGGACCAAUGAUCCGCUGUGGUGACCCCUAACAGGAGCAGCCGAAAGAGGAACAACAACAACAACAUGUGACAUGUUGUGUUUAUCCAUUUAUAGAUACAUUUAAUGGAACAUCUUUGACACAAGUUAGUUCCUGAUAUCACUUAUAUUAUAGCAGCUAUAAACAGCCAUUCCCACACCAGCCUCCUUUAUCUCUCUAAGACAAAAAAAAAAAAUGCUGCUUCUCAUGAUACAGGGAAACCGCAAAGUGCAACUCCUCUGUCCUUAAGACUCUCCUACUGCAGAAAACUUAAAAUUACAGCUUUACCUCUGAGUUAAAAAGGACUGACACAGGAGACUCCUUCCAUUUUAAAUAUAAUCUCACAGAAAAUAAUAUAUGGUUAUGGUUAUAAAAUAUAUGGUUAUAAAAUAAUAUGGUUUUCUUUGUUAAAUAACAAAUUACACAGAGCAUCAGAACAUCUGCAUAUUAAAAUGAGCAAAAGUCUGUGAUAUAUCUGUGAUCUUAGUUGCAGCCAGCACUAUUGUUAGAGCAGAAAUUUAAUCAACACCUUCUGAUAAGUCAGAACUGAGACUUCAACAGUGGGGUGAUAUAAAGGAUGCAUGGAGUUUCUAAUGGCAAAACAGCUUUUAAACCAACCUUAUUAAUACCACUAUGAGCCAAGUAUUUUCUGCAAAGACAAAAUACUCAGGAUUCAACACUUGUGCACUUCUGUUGGGAACAAUUUUUGUCAGCAAUUUGUGUCAUUUUUAUACUCAGCAUUUUCUUAUUUGGUCAUGUGACAAAAUCCAGCUAUAUUAUGUGGAGUGAAAUUCUAUUGCUUAGAUUAGAAUGAUGAAAUGCUUCUUGUAAAUCAAUAUUGGCAGCAUCAGUAAUGGCAUGCUUAUUCAUUUAUAGGUGUAUUACCUUUUGUACUGCAGCUGUUUGUAAUAAAGUCCAUUUGUUAUUUAGAAGAUGAA